AUGAAAACAUUCUUUACAACGGGUACAGAUGAACAUGGAUUAAAAGUUCAGGCUGCUGCUGACAAAGCGGGUAUUGAUCCCAAGACUUUCUGCGACGGACUUUCUGACAAGUUUAAAGAGCUCGCUGAAAUUGGUGAGAUCCAGUACGAUAGAUUUAUUCGAACCACAGAUCGUGAUCAUAUAGUUGCUGUUAACCAUUUUUGGAAAACUGUAUAUGAUAAAGGAUUCAUAUAUAAGGGCCAACAUAGUGGAUGGUAUUCCGUGUCCGAUGAGGCAUUCUAUACUGAGACGGACAUCGAAGAGGCUGCUGACGAACAGACAGGCACCAAGAAGAUGAUCUCUAAAGAGACAGGUUCGGAGGUGAACUUUGAGAAUGAGGAAAAUUACUUCUUCAAGAUGGGUCAGUUUCGAGAGCCACUCAUUCAGUUCUACAAGUCCCAUCCUCAAUUCGUUCAACCUGCCAAACACUUUGACACCGUAUAUCACGAGCUCAUUAGUGGGGAACUACACGAUUUAAGCAUCUCGAGACCUUCAUCGAGACUCAAAUGGGGUAUUCCUGUUCCAAAUGAUGACUCACAACGAAUUUACGUCUGGUUUGACGCAUUGAUCAACUAUCUUACCUCUUUGAAAUAUCCGGAAUAUGGCGCAGACCUUACCCCUGCUACUCAUUUGAUCGGUAAAGAUAUUACAAGAUUUCAUUGCAUUCAUUGGCCUAUAUUCUUGAUGGCAGCAGACUUACCAAUGCCGAAAAGAGUUGUAGUUCAUGGUCACUGGCUCAUGGGAGGACGCAAAAUGAGUAAGAGUAGGGGCAACGUCGCUGAUCCAAUGAAAAUAUCCCACUACUACGGCGCCGAUGCACUCAGAUUAUUCAUGAUGAGAAAUUCCGUCCUUACCACUGACGGUGACUAUUCUGAAGAGAAACUAAAUAACACUAGAAACGAGUUUAUCGAUAAAUUUUGCAAUAUGGUUACUCGAGGCCUCUCGAAGAACUUUGACAUUGAAAGUGCAUUAGCCAAUAUUAAGCGGAACUCUUUGUCUAGUCUGAUUUCGAAAAUCGAUGAUACGGAGUUGAAGAAGGAUUUGCUCUCGCUUUAUCAGAAAGUCGAUCAGUUGGCUAAACUCAUGGACGAAGAUAUCGUUAAUUUUAACAUGCCUAGACCUAUAGAUAGAGUAUGGGAAUGCGUCAGAAGCGUGAAUGCGUUAUUUGAUACCUACAAACCUUGGACUAUGAAGCCACAGGAGAAGAACACAGAAAAUGAAAAUACUGCCUUAGAUUUGAGCAGGCAGUUAGUUGUAUUCAGUGCCUUGGAUACCAUGCGGUGUAGCUUUAUAUUGCUACAAGCCUUCAUUCCAAAGUAUUCAACUCUUCUACUAGAUAGAUUACACGUUGCUCAAGAUAGACGAGGAAUAGAAUAUUCCAAGAUUGGAGCCGAUUUGACGUACGGAAAGAAUGCAGUACACAAGAAGAAGGAUAAAGUUCCGCUUACAAAGUUGAAGAUGAAAUUGGAUUAG